UGCUUUCAUCUCUUUACCAUCAUGGCUCUGCUCAUUUCUCUGAUCAUUUUCCUCUCCUUCUACUCUGUUUUAGCCAAAAUAAAUUUUCAAGAAGCCCAAUCCUUCAUUAUCGGCGUUAACAAUGAGCUAAAACCAACCAAUUUCUCUACCGUUGAUCACUGGUAUAGCUCUACACUCAAAAGCCUUCACUUCAAAAAUUCUAUUCCUUUUUUCAUGGUUUUUCUGCCAUUCUGACCCAACAAGAAGUUUGGGUACUGAAAACCUGCCCAGAAAUUCUCCAUGUCUUUCCUGACCAUACCCUCAAAAUCCAUACCACCCACACCUCACUCCCUUGAACUUGACACUGUAAAAGCCUUUACCGGCCUUAUGAAUGCAUCAGAUUAUAAUAAAGGAUGCGAUCAUUGGAAUCAUCGACACCCUAUCCAUAUCUGAUUGCUGGCUUGGCAAUCACAGCCAAUCAGAAGUUCUCCCACUAUUUGGAAACUGAACCGACAGCGGCUGCAACCAUGAUCUUUAGAGGAUCCAAAGUCGGAGUGAACCCAGCACAUGUGGUGGCUAGUUUCUCCGCCCGUGGACCCAAUAUCAUUGCUGUAAAUGUUUUGAAGCCAGAUUUGAUUGCUCCAGGCGUGAACAUCUUAGCAGCUUGGCCGAAUCUCUCCCCAUCAAAAUUACCUGAAGAUCCCAGGCGCACAAAGUUUAAUAUAAUAUCGGGUAAUUUUGAUGGGGAGAGAUUCGGCCAAGCUGCUAAGAUGUUCACGCCUGGAGCAAUCAAAUCUGGCUUCAAAACAUUUACAGCAAUGAUAUUGGGUCCACGGGCGGAGAAACUAGCCACCACAUGUGCUAGCUGAUCAUGAAUCCCACCAGGUUGCUUCUCCUAUAGCUGAGACGUGGAUUGCUUAAGAUGAAGCUGAAUUAUAUUAUGCUAAUCUGCUGUUUGUAAGAUGAAUAUGGUAAAUAAUGAUGGAUUGUUCAUAUAAAGAUGCAAUCCAACA